AUGUACACCGACAUGAAUGACAGUGAUCUAGAUGGCCUGGUUAGGUGCAUACUACGGGAGUUUCCUAAUGCUGGUUACAAGAGAAUGACUGGCUUCUUACUUGCUCGAGGAAUACGACUUCAGCAAAGUAGGAUACGGUCUGCUAUGCAACGAGUCAACCCCGAGGGCUGUCUCUUGAGAUCACUGGAGUUGAACGUAUUGCACCGCCGCAGUUACCAGGUGUACGGACCCUUGGCACUGUGGCACUUAGACGGAAACCACAAAUUAAUAAGGUAAUGUACAAAGUGUUUAGAGAAUGCUAUUAUACCUUGCGAUAGCUCAAAAUUAAAAACAAACUCGAUGUCCCUAAAAAAAAAAGUAAAUAAGUUUAAGUAUUAAAACUUUCCUAUGCUGCAUGUAUACUCCCCAGAUGGAGAAUUGUCAUUCACGGCGGCAUUGAUGGAUACUCCAGAAUGAUUGUUUUUCUUCAAGCUGCCACCAACAACAAAGCCUUGACUGUUUUUCAGUGGUUCCAGUCAGCAGUGCAAACUUACGGCCUUCCAUCACGUGUAAGGACGGACAAAGGUGGCGAGAAUGUGGAAGUAGCAUGGUUCAUGUUAAACCAUCCUUUGCGUGGCCCAAAUCGUGGCAGCCACAUAACGGGAAGAAGUGUGCAUAACCAACGAAUCGAGCGUUUGUGGAGGGAUGUGUUCUUGGGUUGUACAUACCUGUUUUACUAUCUGUUUUAUUAUAUGGAGAACUGUGGUAUUCUAGACCCUGAUAAUGAAGUUCACCUAUUUGCCUUGCAUUAUGUCUACUUACCACGAAUACAAAGAAAUUUGGAUCUGUUUACUGCUGGUCACAACAGGGGCCCACUGAGCACGGAGCACAACGCCUCACCUGAGCAGUUGUUUAUUCAAGGCAUGUUAUCAGUAGCAAACAGUGAGCAGAGAACAGCAGUUGAAUUCGCUAAUCAGGUAAAACUAUUUCUCUUUCGCAAAAUGUUUCAGGUUAUGUUUGGUAGGGAACAAAUAUUAGGUACUUUUGUUGUUGUUUUGGCAAAAAUGUUGUCUAAACAUUCCUCCAUAGUUAUAGGUAGUACGUGAAGGCUACAACACAGUCACGUCACCACUUCACGUAGUAUUAUUGUUGUUUUAUUGUUGUUUUUAUUCAUGUCGUUAAUUUUCAGAGUGAAAUUGAUGCAUAUGGCAUUGAUCUGGAUGGACCUGCACCUUCCGAGGAAUGGGACGGUCCAAUUAAUGAUGAUGUAGGAACUGUUGAAGUGCCUUCUACAGAAUGUCCACUAGUAAACGAAACAUGGCAAUUACUAUCAGCUACUAUUGGUCCAUUGAGCAUCUCAGAUGUCCAUGGCGUGGACAUAUACCUGGAAACAAUCACGCUCAUUCAAAACAUGAUAUAGUGUUGAUGUGCUUAAACGUAAGGUGUUCAACAGCUUUCUUUCCUACUUUUAUUCGCUAAACUGAACAACUCACUAAAAGAGGUUUUGCACGGCGGUCAUGUUGCAUGGCAGGGACAAUGAAAAUGUUUUGCAUUACAAAGAACAAUUUUCCCCAUAGGAAAAAGAAUCUAUUGUUCCUGCCAUACAACAUGGCUGCCGUGCAAAACCUCUAUAGCCAACAGAUUCCUAAUCAAAAUCAUUAGGGUCAAGCUACAACUCAACUUUUAAUUAAAUCAUGUGAUCGUCAUGUUGCUACAAAUAUUGCUUGAAACAUUUUCGAGAUAGCAUGCAAAAUAUGCAUGGGUGAAAAAACAACAGUAACAGAACAGUGACAGAGGUGUAACUUCAAUAAAAAACUACAAGAAAAGGUUCUGACUUUCUACUCUUCCCUGAGUCUGUGAUGUUUUAAGUGGGUUUCGACAAAACACUGACCCCCGGUCAACUGACCCCCCUACUGACCCCCUACAAAAUCAAUGGGAAAAUGAAUACUGCUUACUUAAGCCUCAACAUCCCUUUUUAAACAGCAUUGUUCAACAGUAUUUAAGUCGAAGCACCCAUUUUAAAAAGGUUAGUUUUCGAUUAUUGUUGUGAUGGCGAUUACUUCAUGUAAGCUAACCUUUUUAAAAUGGGUGCUUAGACUUAAAUAUUGCUGAACAAUGCUGUUUAAAAAGGGUUUUUGAGACUUAAGUCAGCAGUAUUCAUUUUCCCAUUGAUUUUAUAGGGGUCAGUAGGGGGUCAGUUGACCGGGGGUCAGUGUUUUGUCGAAACCCGUUUUAAGUAACCUAUCAUGCCCAUUUAAAGAGAUGAAUAGCCCUUGCACCAUAUUUUAAUGCUUUAGCAAGGUUACUCUUGAAAGAGACGUAGUCAGUAUGCGAUGACUGAAGAACAAGCCUGUGAAAACAAGCUUUACUUUCAGGCAGGCUUGUUACUUCCGUGUGUCAUCCAGCUGUAGCCAAAGUUGCUGUCCAUAUGGUGGCAAAACCUCCCAUCCUGUCCAAAACGACAGUAGAUCACGCAGACCAGAACCAGCUGCAAUGAGAAAACAUAACAAAGGCAUCACUAUAAAGCAUCUGAACAUGAAAUUCCUCCUAGGCAACAAUAUUCGUAAUGGCAAAUAUAACUUUUCAAUGCUUUCACUUUUACAUGCUCGGAAUGUUUACUUUUCUUUAGCAGUAAAGACACGAGGUGGCUAAUCACUGUUACCCUAC